AUGAUGUUGGAACACCAAGCACCACGAAGUUUUAAAGCAAUUAAGGAGAGUCUCCUUCAGGCACCAAUUUUGGCUCUACCUGAUCCUGAUCGCCCAUUUAGCGUCGUAUGUGAUUCUUCGGACUUUGCCAUUGGCAGUGCAGUUUUGAAAGCUGACUCUGAGGGUCGAGAACGCGUCAUUGCGUUUGAGUCUCGCCAGCUGAAAGCUGCAGAGAAGAACAAUCCAGUUCAUGACAAGGAGCUACUUGCGAUGAAGUAUGCCCUUGUUAAGUUCAGGGUACACCUGUUGGGCUCAAAGCCGUUUGUGAUCUAUACCGAUCAUGCGUCACUACGCACAGCGACACAGUCGUCUCAUCUCUCGCAGAGAAUGGUUCGUUGGCUCUUCUUUUUCGCGGAGUCUAAAUUCGAGGUGAAGUAUAAGCCGGGGAAACAGAAUGUUUUGGCUGACGCGUUAUCGCGUAGACCUGACUAUGAGCUUGCUCAACUCACUGUUGUGAGUUCGUCAGUAACGGAUUGUAUCCGUGUGGCGUAUGCACGGGAUGAGGCAUGUGUUGCCAUUCUGCAGGCGCUGGGUAGCGCAGAGUUUGAAAACUUUAAGGUGAAGUUGUCACCACGUAAUCGUGCGAGAUUACAUCGUUAUGCACUGACUGAUGGUCUGUUGUACUAUAGUUUAGGGUCGGAUGACCAGCCUCGGGUUGUGGUGCCUCAUGAUGAGGACCUCAAGUAUCAGAUACCUUUAUGA